AUGGAGCAAUUAGCACUUUGUAUUUUUACGAGCGGUAUUCGAGUGUUUCUUUGUGGCUGAAUCGUUGAUCCACAACUGACCGUGUCAAUGAAUGUGACGGGAGUGAAGUUUAUUCUGCUUGGUUUAAUGGUUGUCGCAACGUUUGGAUGUGGAUUAGUACCAUUAAGAUUAUUGAAACUGCUACGCAAAAGUGCUGCAUUGGCGCCCACUUCAGCCAAACAGCGUAACGUUUCACUGGUACUUUGCCUGCUGACGUGCUUCUCGGGUGGUGUCUUUCUGGCAACGUGCUUUCUUCAUUUGUUCCCUGAGCUUCAAGAACAUCUCAGUACGAUGGAAGAGGAAUACGAAUUCUAUGUUUCUUAUCCAAUUGCCGAGCUACUUUCAUGUUGUGGGUUCUUUUUGCUUUUCUUUUUGGAAGAACUUUUUCUAUUGCUCGUACCCGGAAUGGCGCAUUCACAUGGCCCAUCAUCCAGUGUCAGCAUAAUGCAUUCAGAAAGACUUCCUGAUCGCGGUGAUCACGAAAUUGGUCAUACUUGUGAAGGGAAGAGCAAGGAAGUGAACACGUGUAAUGGUAACGAAAAUACUUUCGAAUUGAAGGUGGAUAAUUCUGAUAACGCCACGAAAUUCCAAGGUAAAGAUGACGAUUUGUCUCCAAAACAAGGCCUUCUUCAUUCAUCCAAUUCAACAACAUCAUCACGUUCCAACACACCACUUCAGUGUAACAGUUCGUCACAUGCAGAAUGCCGUCGUUCGCGGCGAGAUCGUGUGAAUUUCGCGGAGCCGGAAGCAUGUGAAACGAACUGCGAAACUGUCAAUGAAGAUCCACCGAUUCUGAUGAAGAGUAUGCCACAUGCACAUAUUCAUGGUGUAAGGAGUAUAACGUUUGUACUGGCGAUCUCAUUCCAUUCAGUUAUUGAAGGACUUGCGUUGGGUGUUCAGAAUGACUUCACCGAACUUCUCGCGUUGUUCAUCUCAUUAAUGGUUCAUAAACUCAUCGUUGCAUUUUCGGUUGGCUUACAAUUAGGUCGAACUCAUGCACAUGCACUUGGUUGGGUUUGUGGUAGUCUAUUGUUGCUGUCAUUGAUGUCGCCACUCGGUGGGCUCAUUGGAAUGUUCGUACAAAACGCUCAAAUAGAUAACAAAUUGAAAGAUUUUAUAAUUCUUAUCACGCAAGGUCUCGCAGUUGGAACAUUUAUUUACGUCACAUUUUUCGAGGUUCUACUUCACGAACGCGACAAUGAGCAUCCGAACUUACUAAAAUUAGCAUUCAUGAUAGUUGGUUUCGCCCUUAUUGGAGCUGUACGACUUUUCGAUACGCAUUCUCAUGAAGGAUCAUCCUCAAUUGGACAUGCCCACUCACAUCAGUGA